AUGUGUGCAAACUCUCAGAGACGGCCACCACAGAUAUGGCAUAGCAAACAGAAUCUUGCCUUACUGAAAAAAGUGAUUGCUUCCUCGACCGACAAUCUUGAAGGAUGUGAAAAGGAGAAAUGUAAACACAAAGAGGCUUUUCCUCGGUUUGUAGUGGAUGGCAAUCCUAGGACGUGUUUCAGGUCCCACACAGAAGACAAACCUUGUCUGAUUGUGUAUCUUGGUGACUUACAACCUGUGUCUUUGGUUCGAAUUCAGUCUGCAGAGAAGCAAACUAAAAAAAGAAACACCGGCCUGAAAGACGUGGGCAUUUUCGUAGGUGACAGGAAUCAUUUCAUGAAAUGCGCUGUUGUGAAAUUGCUCGUUGACGGCAAAGAGACGAACUAUGAAUGUAGCUCGGAACCCUAUGUCUUUGGAAAUUCUGUCAAGAUAACUACUAAAGCCCCAGUACUGCGAUUAUGUGAAGUUGAAGUGUACGCUUACUCAUAUGGAAACAUCAUCGGAAAGAAGCAGAAGGCAUUUGGCCCUGCAGCGAGUCGUUUUGCUAUCGACGGAGAUGCAAGCACAUGUUUUAAAGCCAAAAACGAUGCUGGUGAAAAUGCUUUUGGGAAAAGACGCCAUGUAGCUAGUCUGGAUUCUCCAACCAGAGAGCCUGUUCAGACCAUAAUUCUUCGCAAAAAUAUCAAAGCAAGGUUCGUUACCCUUGCCCUUUCGAACAAACGUCUGGAACUUCAGUUCCGUGAAGUGGAAAUCUACAAUGGUCCUUUGCUAGCUAUUGAUGAUUGUAAAAGACCGAAUAUUUGUCCAAAAAACUUCAAAUGUGUGAAUGGGACGAAAUCCUAUAAAUGUGUGUGCCGUGAUGGAUUCAGAGAGACUGGAACAAACAAAUGUGAAGAGAUAAAGGACUGCAUUCCCGCCUGUGCUGCAAAUAACUCCUUCUGUAAUACGUCCUUUGGGUCUUACAUAUGUGAGUGCCCAUACGGAUUUAAUCCAUUGUUAGGUCAUAAAGGAGUUCUUCUUCAUUGUGAAGAUGUUAACGAGUGCGAAAAACCGAUGUCAAACAGAUGUGGAAAUACAUCCAUUUGUGUCAAUGCACGUGGUUUUUACAACUGUACCUGUAAGAGUGGAUAUGUUUUGGAAAAAAGUGGCCUUAAAUUUGAAUGUAAAGAUAUCGAUGAAUGCGCAAUGAAAAACUCUUGUCACGUGAACACCACGUGUUCUAACACCCCUGGUUCUUAUAGGUGCACGUGUUCCCAUGGACUCGGUGGAGAUGGCUACAAAUCCUGCUUAAAACUACCUCGCUGCCCCAAUGGCAAGUGCAAAAAGAAUGCAAUUUGUAAAGAUUUCAAUGGUACUGACCUGUGUGAUUGCAAAGGAGGCUAUCAUUUCAACGGCAAGAUCUGUGUUGACACAGAUGAAUGUCAACUAGACAAAAGUAUCUGCGGUUCAAACUCCGUUUGUUCAAACACUCGGGGAUCUUACCACUGCAACUGUGAAGUUGGCUUCAGGAGUGACGAGGACAGUGGAAAAAACUGUAACGAAAUAAAUGAAUGCGAGAAAAAAGACUUAUGUGGUGUUGUAGCAGAGUGUGAGGACAUUUUUGGAUCAUACAAAUGCAAAUGCCCGCAUGGAUUUUCCUAUGAUAAAACAGAAAAGAAAUGUUUUGAUAAUGAUGAAUGCACAAUUAGUCAUUCGUGUCAAUCCUAUAUGAUUUGUGCAAACACAUUUGGAUCCUACUCCUGCCGCUGUCACCAAGGAUAUCGCGCAGACAAAUUAUUUUGUACAGAUAUCGAUGAAUGUGAGGAAAUGACAUACGAUUGCCCUAAGUUUUCAAGUUGUAAGAACCUAAAUGGUAGUUAUGAAUGUGUCUGUAAAGGCGGUUAUCGAAAAGAAUCCGAUGGAACUUGUUCAGAAAUUUGCUUUCCAGAGUGUGACGAAAAUUCAUAUUGUCAGAUAGGAAAAUGUCUGUGCAAGAAGGGUUUUUUUCUGAGCCCAAGCCAAAUGUGUCAAGCAGCUUUUCUGCGGUCAUCAGGCGUUUCAUUCCAUUCUCAUGUUUUGUUCCUCAUAACUGCGCUGCUGUGGUCCCUGAUCCUGCUCUGUCUCGUGGUCUUCCUUUAAAAAAACAUCAUAAUCUUUGGCUUUUUUGUAUACUUUCUAUCUCAAAUGGAAACUUCAGUGCGCUCUAAGGAUGAUAACAUUAAGAUUAUGACCUCAGGAAACAACACUUAACUUACAUGAAAUCAUAUCUAAACCUUGCGAAAGUCUUGUCAAUGAGGACUUUGCUAA